ACGACAAACGAGCGCGGCGUUGGAUGAGAUGUUCGAGUGAUCCUUUCUGUCUGGGGCCUAAAAUUUUUUAUGCUACAAGUUGAAAGAGAACCUUGGUACUAUUUGAUGAUAAAAAUGGCCAUUUCACUGCCAACACAGCAGUGGAGGGGUGGAGGUGAAAGCAGAAGUCCCGCCAUUGGACCAAAUGAAGAUGCAGAGAAGUGUGGCACCUGGCAAAUGGCCAUUCAUUAUCGAAUUACGUGUUUGUGACCUGAACGCGGGACGAUGCUGGCGGGAGCUUCCGACAGAACCUCUGCUGGUCCGGACGGCAGGAAGUCUUCCAAGCCGAUCAUGGAGAAGCGGAGACGCGCGCGCAUCAAUGAGAGCCUGAGCCAGCUGAAGAGUCUGAUCCUGGACGCGCUCAAGAAAGACAGCUCCAGACACUCCAAGCUGGAGAAGGCGGACAUCCUGGAGAUGACCGUCACACACCUCAGGAACCUGCAGAGACUUCAGAUGAGCGCUUGUCUGACAGCUGUGGUGAACACAGAUCCCUCCGUUCUGGGUAAAUACAGAGCCGGGUUCAGCGAGUGUGUCGGAGAGGUCACUCGUUUCCUGUCCACGUGUGAAGGGGUGGAUGCAGAGGUGAGAACACGCCUCCUCAGCCACCUGGCCACCUGUGUGACCCAGAUCAGCGCCGUGAACCUGUACACAUCUACCCCUGGCGCGCUGAUGGGUGCACAGGUGUCAGCCGCCGCUACCUCACACAUGGCUUGUAAAAGUGUCUCCAUGAUGACGGCCUCCACAGAAGUGGGCAAGCUGUACAGCGGUUUCCAGGUCGUGCCCACGCAAGACGGACAGUUGGCCUUUUUUGUUCCCAGCAAGGCUCUCAAACCUAUCAGUGCUCACAACAGCCACUACAUGUCUUGCAUUGCACCUGCGGUCACUUCAGACUCUGUGUGGCGACCAUGGUGAA